CGGAAAACACAAAAACGUUUUUUUGGUACGUGAGAUCUAUCAUUGUAUCCAAAAUCAGAAGCCAAAUCCAAAAUGGAUACAAAAUUACAAUUACUUAAUAUAUUCAGUAUAUAUAGUUUUUAUUUUCCAUUUUUUUUUCUUGAUAAAUAGGUGGAAAAGUAGGCAUUGUCUACCAUAUAUACAAGUGAAACUAUAAAUACAUACCUCGUUUCCUUUGCAACAUAUUAUCACAACUACCUCUCACAAUAAAUACAGAAGAUAUGAUAAACAUAUACAGUACGUAUUUUAAUUUGUUUAUAAUCACAUGAAAAUGUCUGGAAUUAAUUUGUUAUUCCUCGUAGUUGUCGCUGUUUUUGCUACUUUAUCAGCAGAUGCCUAUGAUCCCAACCCGUUGCAAGAUUUCUGCGUAGCUGUCAACGAUUCCAGUGCUGCUGUGUUUGUGAAUGGAAAGAUAUGCAAGGACCCGAAAACAGUAACAUCAGAUGACUUCUACCAUUCGGGUCUGAAUAAACCUGGAGAAAUAAUAAGUCAAUACGGGUCAAAAGUGAGUCUCGUUUUCAUCGAUCAGUUAGCAGGGCUAAACACACUCGGAAUUUCUAUAGUGCGUAUAGACUUUGCAGUUGGAGGAGUAAAUCCACCGCACUCGCAUCCACACGCAUCCGAAAUUCUUCUAUGUAUGGAAGGAACUAUCUAUGCUGGCUUCAUUUCGUCGAACCCUUCGAAUCCAGGUGACAAAAACAGGCUAUUUGCAAAGAUAUUGAAUCCAGGUGAUGUUUUCGUGUCCCCAAAGGGUCUCAUUCAUUUCCAGUACAACCUCGGAAACGAUACUACUGCAGUUGCAAUAGCUAGUCUUAAUAGCCAAAAUCCAGGUGUCGUCACUUUAUCUAACGCCGUGUUUGGAUCCGAUCCUCCAGUGAUCCCUGAAGCUCUCGCUAAGGGAUUUCAGCUCGACAUUGAAGCUGUUCAACAACUCCAAUCGCUGACCUGGAUCGGGAAUGGCUAA